GUGGUGGCUGACUCAAUUUUGUUCCCCCUAAGCCCUAACAAAUGUCAUCAAGAGAGGGGGACAGUUUCCCCCUUGGUGCCCUGGGCUGCCCUCCUGCCCCUUUGUGACGACUUGCCCUUCUGUCUUUCCUCAGCUGAUCUUGCUUCUCCCAUGACCUGACCUGCUUUGUUCCUUGCAGCUGUUUCUCUCCCUGCCCCCCAACUCUCCCCUAGUCUGUGUAGUGUUAAAGGGGGUACUGGUGGUGUUACAGAGCUUGUAUCUUCUGAUUUGGGGAGUCCAGAAAUGGGCCUCACAGGGUUGGAAAGACACUUCUAGGGAGCUCUUUGUUGGGGUGGAGAUGAGGGUAGAGGGACUUGACCCUACUAAGCUGACCCAGCUGGAGCUGAGGAGGAGGCUUGUGGGAGGGGGCAGGAAUGGGAGGACUCUGGCCCAGCCCCUCCUCUCCUUCUUAGCCCGCCAGGUCUACCCACUAGUCUGAGCUGCUUCUGCUGAGGCUGCUCUGCCUGAAGCCUCGUAGGAGAAAGAAGCCAGCCCAAAGGGUCCGGAGUCAAAGAGAAUCAUGGGGUCCAGGGCUGAGCUGUGCACUCUAUUAGGCGGACUCUCGUUCCUCCUGCUACUGAUGUCAGGCAAGGGGGCCAAGGGUGGAGAUCUCAGAGAGAGUCCGGGAGUCUGCUCCAAGCAGACAGUGGUGGUCCCGCUCCGCUACAACGAGUCCUACAGCCAACCAGUGUACAAGCCCUACCUGACCUUGUGUGCUGGAAGGCGCAUUUGCAGCACUUACAGGACCACCUACCGCGUUACGUGGCGGGAGGUGAGGCGGGAGGUGCAGCAGACCCAUACAGUGUGCUGCCAGGGCUGGAAGAAGCGGCACCCGGGGGCGCUCACCUGUGAAGCCAUCUGCGCCAAGCCUUGCCUGAACGGAGGCGUCUGCGUUCGGCCCGACCGGUGCGAGUGCGCCCCCGGCUGGGGAGGGAAGCACUGUCAUGUGGACGUGGAUGAAUGUAGGACCAGCGUCACCAUCUGCUCGCACCGUUGUCUUAACACGGCCGGAAGCUUCACCUGCGGCUGCCCCCACGACCUAGUGCUAGGCCCGGACGGACGCACCUGCAAGGAGGGGUCCCCAGAGCCCCCAACCAGUGCCAGCAUACUCAGCGUGGCCGUUCGGGAGGCGGAAAACGACGAGCGGGCUCUGAAGCGAGAGAUUCGUGAGCUGCGAGGGCGCCUGGAGCGGCUGGAGCAGUGGGCCGGUCAGGCUGGGGCUUGGGUCCGAGCGGUGCUGCCCGUGCCGCCUGAAGAGCUGCAGCCAGAACAGGUGGCUGAGCUAUGGGGCCGGGGUGACCGGAUCGAAUCUCUCAGCGACCAGGUGCUGCUGUUGGAGGAGAGGCUGGGUGCCUGCUCCUGUGAGGACAACAGCCUGGGCCCUGGCCUCAAUCAUUGAUAAGGAGCCUCUACAGCACCCCUGCCACCUAAUUUAUACAGAAACUGGACUCACAAAUCCUCUGGGCUUGGCCAACUAUGAGCUGCAGAUAAGGCUAUCAGCCACCAAAGAGCAAUGAGCAAUGGAAACUUCAGAGAGCUGAAGGAAGGCGGAGGCUGGUGUUGUUGGCCCACCCCUGAGUCUUCUGGCUGGGGGCAGAUUGCCUGGGCAAGAACUGUUUCUUCAAUAACAAAUGUAACCACCAAGCACCCAGAUCUCUCUCUCUCUCUCUUUAUUUUCAGUUUUUUGCUGUUAUCCAGAUAAUAAAAACCAUCCACGCAAAA